ACAGCCGAGCGGAGCCGGGGCCGCGAUGGCGCGGGGCGGCCGCAGGAAGCGCCGGUUGCCGGGGGAACGGGGCCCGGCGGCACCCGGCGGCCGCCAUGGAGCCCGCGGCCCCGCCCGCCCUGCGCUGGGGCAGCGCGGAGGUGGCCGAGUGGGUGUCGAGCCUCGGCUUCCCCCAGAGUGCUUCAGAGCCAACGGCAUCAGCGGCCGCCGCCUCGUCCUGGUGACCUGCAGCAGCCUGCCCGCCAUGGGCGUCACCGACUUCGGCCACAUGCAGGAGAUUUCACGACAUGUGAGGGAGCUGCUGGGGAUCGAAGAGCCAGUCUUCAGCAGAUCCAUUGCCCUCCCGUACAGAGACAACAUGGGCCUCUUCCUGGAGCAGAAGUCCCGAUCAGGACAGAAAGCAGAUGCCCUCACUUUCUCGCAGUUUGUCCAAGAAGCAGGCCUGGAGCCCUAUAGCACAGUUCCUCCUUCGCAACAAGCCCAGGCUGGGUUAGAGGCAGACGCUGUCCCUUUAUCGCAGGACACCCAGAGGCAGGAUGAGAGUCACACAGAAGUUCCACCUUCGUAAGAAGCCCAGCUGGGACAGCAGUAUGUACCCUUAUUACCUUGUAGUAAGGAGGUACAGUUCCACAUUCUCCCCAUACCACAACAGCCCAUUGCAGCUCUUAGCUGUUUGAUUACAACACAUCCCUACACCAGCUCUUUUCCACGAGGAUUUUCUGCAGUCCUUCAUUUGCUUCCAGGAUCUAAGAGAGGCAGAACCCAUAAAUCAGUCAUGAAUUUACCACUGUCUUUCCUUUCUGUUUUACUGUUGAUUAAAGAAAAAAAAAACAACAAUCA